ACGGGCACAGGAGUGUGUGAGACAGCCAUGGAGAGGUGGAGAACCGACUGUUUUCUUUGUUAUUUUUAAACUCCGAGAUCCGCAUCGAUGACACGAUUCACAUCUAGCCGCGUACAACGCUAUUCCCGAUGCGCUCGAAAACGGAAAGUAGGUUCUCACAGGAGGGAUUCUUUUGCUGUGGCAUUAAUAGAAGUGUGGAUAUAAACUUUCUGCCUUGUGGGCUGUACUGGGACGGGGUGCAUGGACGCUGUGAUCAUGAGUGUAAAAGAGAAGGGAUGCUAUCUGACACACCUGGGUGGCAACUUCACUGAGGAUGCCCCCAGACCUCCAGUCCCUGGAGAAGAGGGCGAUCUGGUGUCCAGUGAUGGACGGCAUUAUGGCCACAGUUUUUACUCCUCCAAGAACGAGGCCUCCAUAGCUACGCCCAGAAGACCUGACCUGGAUUUGGGCUAUGAGCCUGAGGGUAGUGCUUCCCCAACGCCACCCUACCUGAAGUGGGCAGAGUCUUUACACUCUCUCCUUGAUGAUCAAGAUGGCAUUCUCUUGUUCAGGACUUUCCUCAAACAGGAGGACUGUGCCGACUUGCUGGACUUCUGGUUUGCCUGCAGUGGCUUCCGGAAGCAGGAGACCAACGAAGGCACUGAGAAGAUGCUGAAACUAGCAAAAGCCAUUUACAAAAAGUAUAUCUUGGAUAACAAUGGAAUUGUCUCCAGACAGAUCAAACCAGCCACAAAAAGCUUCAUCAAGGACUGUGUGAUGAAGCUUCAUAUUGACCCUGCCAUGUUUGACCAAGCUCAAACUGAGAUUCAGACUAUGAUGGAGGAGAACACCUACCCUUUGUUUUUGAAAUCUGACAUAUAUUUGGAAUACACCAGGACAGGUGGGGAGAGUCCCAAACUGUUCAGUGACCAGAGCUCAAUGUCAGGGAAUGGCAAGAUCUUGCCAGGGUACUUACCAACUCUGAAUGAAGACGAGGAGUGGAGGUGUGACCAGGAACAGGAGCAGCACCCAGAAAGUGACCCCACCCAUAGCAACAGGCUGACCCAGAAGCUGCUCAUGGAAACUGUGCCUCAGCGGGUGGCCAGCAGUAAAAGAUAUCAGGACAACCGUGAGUACAGACAUUCAUCAUGGAGGGAGCCUGUCAAUCCAUACUACGUGAACAGCGGCUACGCGCUGGCUCCCGCUACCAGCGCCAACGAUAGCGAGCAACAGAGCAUGUCCAGUGAUGCAGACACUCUCUCCCUCACCGACAGCAGUGUAGAUGGAGUCCCACCAUAUAGAUAUCGUAAACCACAUCGACGUGAGAUACACGAAAGUGCCAAAGUUAAUGGGCGAGUGCCACUACCUCAUAUUCCUCGCACAAACCGGAUACCAAAGGAUAUUCACGUUGAGCCUGAGAAGUUUGCAGCGGAGCUAAUCAGCAGGCUCGAGGGGGUGCUGAGGGAACGCGAGGCACAAGAAAAACUGGAGGAGAGGCUCAAGAGGGUUAGAUUGGAAGAGGAAGGCGAUGAUGCGGACAUCUCCACUGCCCCCUCUCUGGUCAGUCACCGAAUGCCUCUGGCUGGCCAUGUUCAGCAUUAUGGCGGUCGCUACUCUGAAAUGAGCUACAAUGGGCUGCAGCUACGGGACGCACACGAGGAGAACCCUGAGAGCAUCCUGGAUGAGCAUGUACAACGUGUUAUGAAAACCCCUGGCUGUCAAUCUCCCGGCACAGGCCGCCACUCUCCGAAAUCACGCUCGCCAGAUGGGCUUCCCGCGGGCAAGAUGUCUGGGCUGGUGAUGCCGCUAUCUGGUGGACAAAGCAAGCACCAGGUUCGGCUGGGGCCAAAGGGCGAGGCAGCACACAUGCACCAUCACAAACAUGUUCACCAUACACACUAUGCGACUGGGGGAAAGCCCAAAGAGCAAAUGGAGGCGGAAGCCGUAAGGAUGCACGGCGGCUUCGCCUUGAACAUGGAGCAACACCACUAUGGAUCCAAGCCCCGCAACUACGCAGACGGAAUGAGCAUCGGUCCCAUCACCACAGACCCCAUGGGUUACGGCAGUAAAGGCAGCACGCUGUCAAAGCGACCUGCCAGAAAAGGAGAUGAUGCACGAAACUAUGAGCUACGAGAGCCCUUGCCACCUGAUGAUAUGGAGAGGAACCAGAAGAUUUUGCAGUGGAUGAUGGAGGGAGAGAAGGAGACUGGACGCUCCAAGAGAAGUCCUUAUGGAAGCAUCUCAGGCUCCAAGAAGGCGCAAGGUCACGAAGUCACGAGGCCCAGUUCGGUGGAAAGGCCUGGGGCAGUUCACCCUUGGGUUACCGCUCAACUCCGCAACAAUGUGCAGCCCUCCCAUCCCUUUAUCCAGGAUCCAACCAUGCCCCCCAACCCGGCCCCCAACCCUCUCACACAACUGGAGGAGGCGCGAAGGCGGCUUGAAGAGGAGAGGAAGAAGUCUGGAACUUUGCAGGCCAAGCAAAGGUAUGUGAUGGAGGUAAUCCAGAGGGGUCGCGCCGCUGUCAGGCCCACACUGUUUCCCCCGCUCAGUGUGGUGCCCGCCGUCUCCGACACGGAGCUGUCAGAGCACAAGAAUAUGAAGAAGCAGCCCUGUGAGAACAUCACUGUGGCCUAUUACUUCUGCGGAGAGCCCAUCCCAUACAGGACGUCCGUCAAAGGGAGGAUUGUCACGCUAGGACAGUUCAAAGAGCUGCUAACCAAGAAAGGGAGCUACAGGUAUUAUUUCAAGAAAGUGAGCGACGAGUUUGACUGCGGAGUGGUGUUCGAGGAGGUUCGCGAGGAUGAUGCCAUCCUGCCCAUCUUCGAGGAGAAGAUCAUAGGAAAAGUCGAGAAGAUUGACUGAGACUGUGGGGAUGGAUACAAGAAUGGGGUGAAAGGAGGUGCACUGGGAGACGUGGUUUGCAGAGGAGCUGCAGGAUGUGGAUAAUGGGAGGGUGUGAUGUGCAGGUGUUCAAAGUGGUACAGGGUAUGUGGCUGUGCAGGAGAAAGAGGUCCAGAAAAGAGAAGGCUGUGGCAAGUACACUAUUUACUCUUGAGGCUUCUACCUCUGCACAACGGCUUUUAAAGUCAAACAGCUGCUCAGUGCUGAAGAUCACUGCAUUGUGCAGAAUCCACAGAACCCUUGGACUCACCGAGAAAUAAAGCGUGAGGUGGUGUUCUCUCACUUUUGGUAUAGUUCUAGCUCUGAAAAUGUAAUGUAGCAAUGUAAAGUUAGACUAUAAAAAGUACUAUGAAUAUGUUUACUAAAGCUGCAUAUUUUUGAUAUGAUGUAUCAGAAGGAACGUAUCCUUUCUAAUUUAACAACUCUUGUAAUUUUAUAUGUACUGGUACCAGAUGUGUACAGACUGUCUGUUUAAAAGCAAAAAGAUAAAGUUUUAUAUCUAUUUAAAUAUUUAAAAAUAGGGCGAAAAAAAGAGAAAUCGGUUCACCCAUAUCACAGCUGCAACAUUGACCUAACUUGAGAAGGUUUUCAUUUUCACAAGGCUCUGGUUGUAAGAAGCAGAAACCAUAGCCCACGUUUUACAGAGUGCUUAUAACUCUUAUAAACAGUUUUUAUUUUAUCAGUUCUACUUGUAGAGGGGAGUCAGCCAUGGCUGCACUUUUCACAGCAUUAUGCAUUGAUGUCAAAGGAGAUGGAGAAUAGCUUUGAUCAGAGGUCCUAUACAGCGAUGCCUUCACAUUGUGGAUAGAUGUAUGAUUGCUCUGUGCUUUUGAAUGCAACAAAAUCCAGUGUCUUGGGUCUUCUCAUUUAGUCAGCGAUGCCAUGACAUGCAUAAUAAUCCCUCCCAUCUUCACACACACUGCAUGACUAAAGGGCCCACACAGGUAAAAUGGACAAAGGACAAACACAAAGGGCAGACAUCUUGGCAGAACUAUGGGUUUGUCGUUUAUAUCCAAAAUCGACAGAGCCCCUUGAGAACAGGGAGGGAAUUUAUUUUCUAAAAUAGUUUUGGGUUCCCUCGCAAUUAUAUUCCUUUGAAAUGCCUUUAUCCAUCCCCUUAUGAAAAGUAAACAAGGUUUAACUACAGUGGCCAAAGUUGAACUAUGUUUUUUAUAGUAAAACCAUAGUAGCCACAAUAUUUACUAUGGAAACCAUAUUUUAACCAUGAUUUUCUGUAGUAUUAAUACAGGAAAUCCAAAACUAGGGUAAUCAUAAUCAUUCUGCCAAAAAACACUGUUCAUUUUACUAUAGUAACACCAUGGUUAAUUUGUACUACAUGUACCAUGGUUGAUAAAACCAUUUGUUUCUAUAGUAAAACCAUGGUUAAUUUAUGUAAGGUGUGGAUAAAGGUGUUACGAGGGAACCCAAAAUAAUUGCGAGAGAAUGCACAAUGUAUUAACAGAAAAAACACAAAAUAUUGUUAGAGAAUGCAAAACUAUUUCAGAAAGUAAAUUCCCUCCAUGUCCUCUAAGGGGCUCCAUAAAAUCUGAAACGGGGAAUUGCAGGAAGGGUUAUCUCCCACUUUCCAGGUGUUUGCAUACGUUUAACCCCUGUGUUUAAGAGGUGUUCCACAGCAGUAGAGGGGGGCUACAUUCUGGUUGUAUGAAUGCACAUGCAUGUGAUCCUGGGGUCCAUUGUGUACCGAGUGCCAUUGGACAAUAUAACGAUCAUGUUUACACUUACCUUAAUGUAUUACAGAGAAGAAACAAAUAGAGAAUUGUAGCUUUUUAGCUUAACACAGCUAAAUUUGGUGCCUGGCAAGAAUGAAUUGUUUUAAAAAUGUAGUUUUAGCCUAAUGUGGUCUGCCUUGAUGAGCUCAUGAAACACCAAAGAGAUCAACAUAUUAAAGGAGUUAAAUAAAGUCCAAUUGAUUUGUUUGUUUUUAGCAACAAAUGUGAAGCUGGUGAAAUAACAAAAGCUGGUGCUGAUCUUCAAAGCGUACUAACUGUUAGGAUGUGGCUGGCAAGACAGAACCAGACGUGGUGCUGUUAUAAUGUUAGAAUGCUUAUUGUUGUACUUGCAUCCCAUCUUCCCCAGUGUUAAUGUUAGUGCUUAUUCUAAAUUCCCAGCAUAAAUUGAUUUAAGCAUUUUUUUUCUUCCCUAUUUCAAUUGGAAUGAUUUUAAUUCUCUAUCAUAUUAAACAAUAUGGGUACUUAAUAUGGAACAUUUCUCAUGUUUGUUUUAAAUCAGUUUAAUUAUGGCAUAAUUGUCGCAGUUCUUUUUUCAAUGGAGAUGUAAAAAGUUAACUACUGUGAAAAGCCUGGAUGUGAGCUCCACUCACUGAAUGAUGGAUUAUCUGUACAUAGACAUCACAGAGUGCCUUUUCUGAUCCACUAUCUGCUCCCCUCACUCCAUGUGUCCAGUACCAGGGACCUGCAUUAUGUUUUUAAGUUUAAGUUUUUUUUUAUUUUAUUUUUUUACGUUAGUUUUCAAUACGAAGCGCAUCACCACACUAUAAGUCUUUCUUUGUAAAUAUGUACAUUUUUAAGUGUCUUCAACUACAACCAGCAACCCAAUUUGGAUAUUUAGUGCCCUGGUUCUGCUUAAGUGUGCCGAGUUGUACAAUUAUCAUUUUAUGGUACUUUGGACAAUAAAGACUUGUAAUAA